AUGGAUUCUCACGACACCUCAAAGGCCGAUGGCUCGCCAGAUGUGCACAGCUCAGACUACGACCUCUCCCGGCCGAUCACAUCGACGUCGGGCCUUCGUUCAGGACUCACCUCGUACGGCGACGCGCAUUUCUCUCUGUUCCUGCGCAAAGUGUUCAUCAAAGCCUUGGGAUACUCGGACUCGGCGCUGUCGUUGCCCAUCAUCGGCAUCAUCAACACGUACUCGUCCUUCAACCCGUGCCACUCCAAUGUCCCUCAGCUCAUCGAGUCCGUCAAGCGAGGCGUGCUCGCUUCGGGCGGGUUGCCGGUGGACUUCCCCACCAUCAGCGUGCACGAGAGCUUCUCCAGCCCGACGAGCAUGUACCUGCGCAACCUGAUGAGCAUGGACACGGAGGAGAUGAUCAAGGCCCAGCCUGUGGACGCGGUCGUCAUGAUUGGCGGCUGCGACAAGACGGUGCCGGCGCAGUUGAUGGGCGGCAUCAGCGCGAAUAAGCCUGUCAUCCCCCUGAUCACGGGCCCGAUGAUCCCCGGGUCCGUCGAAGGGGUGCGAGUAGGUGCUUGUACGGAUUGCAGGAGUUACUGGGCCAAGUACCGCGCGGGCGAUGUCGACUUGGAGGACAUCAUGUCGGUCAACGAGGAGUUGGCGCCCACCGGCGGCACAUGUGGUGUCAUGGGCACCGCAUCCACCAUGGCCUGCGUCACUGCUGCCUUGGGUUUGCUGGACUUGCGAGCCGGUGCCACGUCGGCUGCGGUCAGCUCUGCCAGACUGCGAGUCGCGGAGCAGGCUGGCCGCAACGCGGUCGCCAUGUUGAAGAUGGAGCACUCGCGGCCGCAGGACUUGCUCACUCGAGAGAGUUUCUUGAAUGCCAUUACCGUUCUACAGGCUAUCGGCGGGAGCACGAAUGCCGUCGUGCACUUGAUGGCCAUCAUCAACAGACACCCCAAAGUGGCGGGCACUAUUGACCUCAGCACCAUUGACGAGAUUGGCAAAAAGACUCCUCUCCUGGUCGAUCUCAAACCGAGCGGCGACAACUACAUGACAGAUUUCCACAACGCCGGUGGAAUGCUGACCUUGAUGAAAACUCUCCGACCAUUGUUGCAUCUAAAUGCGAGAACGUACACUGGUCAAACGCUCGGCGAACUUCUCGACAGCUCGCCUUCCAAGUUGUUCCCGUACGCCAGGCAGAUCGUCCGGUCUUUGGAGGGUCCGCUUUACCCAAACUCCAGCCUUGUGGUGCUGUACGGCAACGUGUGCCCCAACGGCGCCGUCAUGAAAGCCUCGGCGUCCAAAAACCGCAAAUUACUCCAGCAUAGCGGACGUGCUUGCGUCUUCGAAAACUCCGCCGACAUGGCCAGGCGGAUCGACUCGCCCGAUCUCGACGUGGACGCCGACUCGGUGCUGGUGCUCAAGAGCAUUGGGCCCGUGGGGAAUCCUGGCAUGCCCGAGGCGGGCUUGAUCCCUAUUCCGCAGAAGCUAGGCAGGCAAGGCGUGACGGACAUGUUGAGGAUCAGUGAUGGUCGGAUGAGCGGGACUGCUGGCGGAACCAUCAUCUUGCAUAUUGCGCCCGAGUCUGCAGACCUUGAUUCAGUGUUUGGCGUUGUGGAGACGGGUGACAGGAUCGUCUGCGACGUCGAGAACCGGAAGCUGCUGCUUGAUGUGGACGAGCAUGAAAUCAGCCGCCGGAUCGCCGAGCGUAAGAAGAGCGCUCAAAGCGUGUCCUCGUCUGGCAGCAGGGAGCCCUGGGUCGAAAGAGCACACGUCCGCGGAUAUCGUGGUCUGUACGAAAGAGAAGUCAAUCAGGCCCAUCUUGGUUGCGAUUUCGGUUUCCUGACCGCCCAAGGGCCGACCAUCAGUCAAUGA